AUCUGCAAAUCUGCCUAUCCAGUAUCCAUCCAGCGACGGACCCGAUCUUGCAUUUUCGCAUCGACAUUAAAAGCGAAGGAAAAAAAAACCAAUUAAAAAAAACAAGGAAAAUGAAAAAGGAAAAUAAAAAGAGAGGAAUAAUUAAGCGAGCCUCGUAUAUAACACCAUCCAUCUAUCUUUUUCUCCUCUAUUUCGAUAUUUCAACUUCCUCUGUCUCUCUCUCUCUUUCUUCGCCAUUCUCUCUCUUCUGUAACUUCUCUUCUUUCUCUCUCUGCUUCUGUUUUGUAUCUGAAUCCCUUUUUCUACGGAAGCUGGAGAUUUUGAUUAGUGUAGCGUCGAUGAAGAAAAUUACAUCGGCAGCGGCUAAGAUAGCGGUCAAGGAUGAGUGGGUGGCAGCGGCGAUGACUGACGAUGAGCUGGUGGUGGAGCUUCUUUUACGGCUGAAGCACGCGGGGACGGCAGUUGCAGAGAAUCCGGCGGUAAAUCUGCCUCCGUUACGGUGGGGAAUCCGUCAACGACGGUCACGGUCCUCAAGAUUUGGUGGCGGCGGUGUUCCCGUUUCGUUGAAGAAGGAUGUGGAUUCCGCUAGAGCCAGUCCGAAGACUCCUCUCUCCUGGAGCGGCGGAUCUGGAAGCGGUGGCUGCUCUACAUCUCCAUCCGCCGCAACCGCCGAUGGAUUCGAGGACACUAGUCGCCAAGCUAGCUGCUCCACAUCUACAGGAUCUGGAUCUAAGAUCUUUCCCACAAAUGAAUACACCAGCUCUUUUUCCAAGAGAUUGAAGAAAAAGAAGUCAUCUUCUGAGCUUAAAGACGAAGAGAUCUUGAGACUGAAGGAAAGACUUGCACUUGAAAAGGUAAAUAUUCUCUUUUCUAAGCUUUUUGUUUAUCAUGGUAAGACUCUUAACAAAUCCGGUCUCUUCCGCAGGAGAUUGAAAGUCUCCGAGCAACGUUUGAUCAACAAAACGUACGUAACCAGAGAUUAAAGAGGAUUAAGCUUGACUUGAACUCAGGACGUGUCAAGAACGAGACUCAGGUUGAUCUGAUUCAUAAAUCACAACCCGAAUCAAAAUCUUGCAGAGUAGAGGGCAAAACCUCUAGCUCGAAAAACCAGGAGAGCAUCUUCUUCCUUCCUGAUUUGAACAUGGUACCAUCCGAGGACGAGAUAUUGUACGGAACUAGCUAAGUCGCCUACCUGAAGAUUUUAGAUCUCGAUCUGAUAACAAUCAAGAAGGGAGUCAGAGAUUUUAACAAAGAAAGGUGAAUGUAAUAAGAUGUUUAAUGUCUCCCAUCGUUCUCGUUCUCUGUUUCCUUCCUUUUUGGGGUAAAACUCUCAUUACUUCUUGGUUUUUUAGAAGUAGGUGGAUAUUAAUUUUUUUUCUUUUUACUCUCUUUUGUACCGAUUCGUUGUAGUUAAAGCUUUGUUAGAAAUUGUUAGAGGAAACAUUAGGGCAACUAAUAGACUUUUAUGUUCAAACU